AAGAGCAUCUUGACACAGGGCAAGCAUCAUCAACUCAAAGGACAUCGAAUUGUUCUCGGGAGACCUGGUGCGUUGAAGGCUUGGCUCUGUAUCCUUCCAGCUUGUUCACCAGAUUUAUUAAGUAGGAAACUCGAAAUCUGGAGUCGCAAGGAUGAACGCCCCCGAUAGAUUCGAGUUGUUCCUGUUGGGCGAUGGCGAGAAGAAGUGUUCGGAGAUCCCAGAUACGCGCACUGCGAAUAGUUCGGUGUUCACAUUCAACAAGGAAGAUCACACCCUUGCCAACAUCCUACGAGCACAUCUCUUGAAGGACCCCCACGUUACCUUUGCUGGAUACAAGAUUCCUCAUCCCUUAUUUGCAACAUUCGAGCUCCGAGUACAGACCGAUGGAAGCCUCACUCCAAAGGAAGCGCUGGUCAACACAUGCAAGAAUCUCGUUCAAGAUCUCGAGAUCUUGAGUAGAGAAUUCACAAAGGAAUUUGAGCUACGGAAGAUGGUCAUGGGAGAUGCUGCUGCUACGGAGAAACAAUAAUGGUUAGUUAUGCCUGGGUCAAAAAGAUAUGACUUGGAUGGAGUUAGGGCCUCGAGCAUUUUUUGGCGUUAUGGGAAGAGGGCAUAAAUGGCUAUGCUAGCUGGUGCAAUAUUAGUGUUGCUUCUCCAAUUGCUCCUUCUAUCUUCACCAAUUGAG